CUGAAUCCCACACAGCAAGCUUCUCCAUCGGCUGCAUGCCCCUGCCGUGCUGUCCAGUUGCACCGCCCCUGCAAGCAGUGAAAGCAGCAUAUUUUCGUCUCCUGAGCCUUCACUCCGCGGCCUCCAUAAAUUUACGUUCGGCUACCAUUCCGGGAAAACUCUUGAAGUUACUUGGGAGGACGCUGCUCGGGAUUGCGGGCGAAGCUAGCUAGCUAGCGUCUCCUGCUCUAGACCUGCGCAUUGUGUGUCGGCGCUGCAGGCACCAUGGUGAAGUCUCAGGUGUUGGCGGCCCUUGACGGGCAGAAGGUCUCAUGGUUUCACUUCAAGGCCAUCAUCAUCGCAGGCAUGGGUUUCUUCAACGAUUCCUAUGAUCUAUUUACGAUUGGUCUUCUGACCAAGCUGAUUGGUCGCAUCUACUACACCCCACGCUGCCCGCUGAACACAGUCUGCCCCACCUCCUUCUAUGGCAAGAAGCCUGGUGCUCUUCCCAUCAACCAGAACUCUGCCAUCACUGCUGUGGCCCUGUGCGGGACAUUGGCUGGCCAGAUUUUCUUUGGAUGGUUGGGCGACAAGAUUGGCCGGAAGACUGCCUAUGGUGUUACUCUGAUCACCAUGGUUGUCUUUGGAGUAGGCCAGGCCAUGUCUUUUGGGACCACGCCUCUUGCGGUCGUGACAACUCUGUGCAUCUGCCGGUUCAUGUUGGGAGUGGGUAUUGGCGGUGACUACCCCCUGUCUGCUGUCAUCAUGUCCGAGUAUGCCAACAAGGCAACCCGCGGUGCCUUUGUGGCUGCUGUGUUCAGCAUGCAGGGGAUUGGUAUUCUGGUUGGUGCUGCCAUCACCCUGGCUGUGGCCGGUGGCCUGAGGCACAGCCACCCGCGCGCCCCCUUCAGCGUGGAUCCCUACGGCUCCAUUGGUCUGCCCGCCUCUGACUUCGCCUGGCGUCUGGUCUUGGCCCUGGGUGCCGUCCCCGCUGCUCUCACCUUCUACUACCGCCUCCAGCUGCCCGAGACCGCUCGCUACACCUCCAUUGUUGCUGGGGAUGCUGCCGGCACUGCUGCCAACAUGGCCAGGGUUUUGGAGACUGACUUCACGGCUGAGGAUGCUGCCAUCGAGGGAGGUGCCAAGCUGCAGGGUGCAUACGACCCCGCCGCUGUGGAGACUUACACUUUUGCGCAGGGCUGGGGCAUGCCCAGGCACGUGCCCCCCUCCCAGCAGAACUGGGGCUGGUUCCUCAAGUGGCACGGCUGGCACUUGAUCGGCACGACCUCGACCUGGUUCUUCCUGGACAUCGCGUUCUACAGCCAGAACCUGUUCCAGUCCAACGUCUUCUCCAUCAUCGGCUGGGUGCCCAAGAACACCACCAUGUCCGCCCUUACCGAGGCCUACAAACUCGCGCGCGCCCAGGCCCUGGUCGCUCUCUGGUCCACCGUCCCCGGGUACUACUUCACCGUCUUCACGGUGGACAUCAUCGGGCGGUGGUGGAUCCAGGUCGGCGGCUUCUUCAUGAUGACGCUCUUCAUGGGCAUCCUGGCUGGCGACUACAACAACCUCAAGACCAAGAAGGGCCCCUUCGUCGCGCUCUACUCGCUCUGCUUCUUCUUCGCCAACUGGGGCCCCAACGCCACCACCUUCAUCGUCCCCGCCGAGAUCUUCCCCGCCAAGUUCCGGUCGACUGCCCACGGUAUCUCUGCUGCCUGCGGCAAGGCUGGUGCCAUUGUGGGCGCCUUCGGUUUCCUGUACGCCUCCCAGGACAAGAACCCCGCCGUCUCCGCUCCCUACCCCGCUGGUAUUGGGCUCCAGAACGCCCUGAUCGUGCUCACUGUUGCCAACUUCAUGGGGCUAAUCUGCACCAUCGUCUUCGUGCCCGAAUCCAAAGGCAUGUCAUUGGAGGAUUUCGAAGGAGAGGUCGAUGUGAAGCCCGCCAAGUUAAACGGAGAGACCAAGGUUUAGAUGCUCCCGGAAGUGGUUGCUGUAUUUAUGUGACAUACGAAACAAUUGCCGAUUAAAGGAUUUCGAGGAUCUGGGUUGUUGGGCGUUUUUCCGAUGUGGAGUAGCAAGCAAAGAGUCAUUUAGCAACAAACAAUGGCAAAAACUUGCAGGUUUCCGCGUUGACGUGCACUUACUUUCACGUGGAUUGUUUCAAGAAAAGGUGCAAACGGCCGAAGUUGCAGUACGGGAGUUUUAGCUGAUCAAAUUCAAAUGGGUCGAAAGUGAAACAUACUUGGGUACGGUCAAGCUUAGUCAAAAAACCAAGCACACAAAAGUCGCAAUACACUGAUGAGUCUUUUACUAUAUUGUGAAUCAAUUCUUUCCAUUCAUUGGUGUUUUUUUGCAAAAUCCCCAGC